AUGGUCUCAACAUCUGCCAGGUGUUCUAAGCAUCUCCUACACAUAUGGUCUCAACAUCUACCAGGUGUUCUAAGCAUCUCCUACACAUAUGGUCUCAACAUCUGCCAGGUGUUCUCAGCAUCUCCUACACAUAUGGUCUCAACAUCUACCAGGUGUUCUAAGCAUCUCCUACACAUAUGGUCUCAACAUCUACCAGGUGUUCUAAAGAUUUCCUACACAUAUGGUCUCAACAUCUGCCAGGUGUUCUCAGCAUCUCCUACACAUAUGGUCUCAACAUCUACCAGGUGUUCUAAGCAUCUCCUACACAUAUGGUCUCAACAUCUACCAGGUGUUCUAAAGAUUUCCUACACAUAUGGUCUCAACAUCUGCCAGGUGUUCUAA